CUCCCCCUCGUCUUCUUCACUUCGUUCUUCUCAUUCUCCUCAGUCCCUCCCCACCCCUCCCAGAUCCCUUAACCUACGCGCCCCCCUCCGGUCCGACGCACGAUAGCCGAGACACCACAAAACCCUACUCUCCUCCGCCCGCCUCCGCCGCGAUCAGAGCCAUCGAUCGCCGAUGGCCUCCCCUGCUGGAAACCCCAACCCCUCCAGUCCCUUCGAGCUCCACAAGCUCUUCAAGCCCCUCAACCCCAGUCCGAACUCUAACCCUAACGCCUCUUCCCCCAUCACCCCGCCCUCCUCCUACGGCGUCGUCCCGCCAUCGGCGUACCCCCCGCCGUCCCCCGGCACCUUCUCCUACCCCCCCACCACCCCGCCGUUCCAUCACCAUCCUUUCCUCCACUACCCCCAGGAGCCCCUCCACCGCCCCAUUGUCUCCUACCCCGCCGCCCCUCCCCACAUCCCCAGCCCCAACUCAAGCCCUAAUCCUAGCCCUAACCCUAGCCCCGGCGCCAACCCCGGCGCCCGUCUGAUGGCGCUUCUGGGCAACACCGCCCCCUCCCACCUCGAAUCCGCGGUCUCGAUGCCUCCCUCAUCCUCUAUGACGUCAGAAUUCUCCGCCCCAGUUAACCCGCCGAUCCUCCAUGCCAUUCCUUCCGCGCCGCCGGCGGUCCUGGCGGUGGUCGGCCAGCCGGCGCCGGCAAGGCUGCCAAGCAGCAAGAUGCCGAGAGGAAGGCACCUGGGGAGCGGGGACCGGGCGAUGUACGAUGUCGACUCGCGGCUGCCGGGGGAGUCCCAGCCGCCCCAGCUUGAGGUCACUCCGAUCACCAAGUACACGUCGGAUCCGGGGCUUGUUUUGGGUCGCCAGAUCGCGGUCAACCGAACGUACAUCUGCUAUGGGCUCAAGCUGGGCGCGAUCCGCGUGCUUAACAUCAACACAGCGCUAAGAUCGCUGCUCCGGGGACACACUCAGAGGGUUACGGACAUGGCUUUCUUUGCUGAAGAUGUCCACUUUCUAGCCAGUGCGAGUGUAGACGGGAGGGUUUUUGUAUGGAAGAUUGAUGAAGGACCUGAUGAGGAAAAUAAGCCACAAAUAACAGGAAAAAUCAUAAUUGCCAUUCAGAUUGUAGGAGAUGGAGAAUCAUAUCAUCCGCGAAUUUGUUGGCACUCUCACAAACAAGAAAUUUUAUUUGUCGGAAUUGGAAAUCGUGUGCUAAAAAUUGACAUAACAAAGGUGGGAAGAGGAAAAGAAUUUUCUGCAGAGGAACCUCUCCGAUGCCCAAUUGAGAAGCUGAUUGAUGGAGUGCAUUUUGUGGGCAAACAUGAUGGUGAAGUGACGGAUUUGUCAAUAUCUCAGUGGAUGACAACUCGUUUAGCUUCUGCAUCAAAAGACGGCAUGGUUAAGAUCUGGGAAGAUCGUAAAGCUGUUCCACUUACAACUUUAAGGCCACAUGAUGGUCAAGCAGUCAAUUCAGUCAUAUUCUUGACAUCGCCUCAAAGACCUGAUCACAUUAAUCUCAUCACAGCGGGUCCGCUGAAUAGAGAAGUGAAAAUGUGGGCAUCUGCUGGUGAUGAAGGUUGGCUGCUGCCAGGUGAUUCUGAAGCAUGGCAAUGCACUCAGACUUUGGACUUGAGAAGUUCUUCAGAACCUCGGCUUGAGGAGGCAUUUUUUAACCAAGUUAUGGUUUUGCCUCGAGCAAGCCUAAUAGUACUUGCAAAUGCUAAAAAAAAUGCUAUAUAUGCAGUUCAUGUAGACUAUGGUCCAUAUCCAGCAGCUACACACAUGGACUAUAUAGCAGACUUUACUGUUGCAAUGCCUAUUUUGAGUCUUACUGGGACGAAUGAUUGCCUUCCUGAUGGGGAACAGGUGGUUCAAGUUUACUGUGUCCAGACACAGGCUAUUCAGCAGUAUGCAUUGGAUUUAUCACAAUGUUUGCCUCCGCCAAGUGAUAAUGUUGCAUUGGGGAAGGAUCCUUGUGUCUCACGUGUUUUUGACACACCUAGUUUGGAGGGGGCAGCAGUUUCAGAACCUUCCCGUGGACCUAUGGUUAGUGAUCUUCCUGUGGGAAGUCCUUCACCCAAAUGCCCAACUGAUAACAGCACUGAGAAUUCAUUUAUAAUAACCUCAGUAGCUUCAGAGGUUAACAUUAUUCAUGAGCUGUCCUCAUCGAAUGUUGAUGUGAAGCCCAGUGCUCCUCCACUUCCAAGUUCAGAUGCUGAUUCUGCAAAUGUUGUAUCCUCCCCUGUUCCCUUGAAUUUGGACCUUGCAGGAAGACUACCUCCCUUGAGAAGCCCUCCAAAAGGUUUUGAGCAGGUACCAACACUUGGUGAUCGUGAUGUUGACCCAUCAAAUGUUGAUUUUUCGGUUGAUAGGAGAGCGGACACUGUUAUCACAAGUACACCUGAUGUUCCUUCCAUGAAUGAGAACUUAGGAAAGGAUGAAUCUAAAGCUGGCCAAAAUGAUAUUUCUGUGGUGCCAAAUCCUCGUUUUAUGUUUAACCUGGGUGGCAACGCAACACACCUGGUAACUCCAUCUGAAAUCUUAUCAGGUGCUAUAUCUUCAUCUGACAGCAGUAAUGUCAAUCAAGGUCCAAAAGAUGAGGAAGUAAAGGUUCCGGAUGUGCUUGUUAAUAAUAAAUUGGAGAAUGUAGAGGUGGAAGUUAAAGUUAUGGGUGAGAGUAGAUCAAGCCAGAAUGAGGAAUUUGACUCUCAAAAAGAGGCUCAAGUUGUUCCUGCUGAGAGCAAGGAGAAAUCCUCCCAAAUUUCAGAACCAAACAUUGAGAUGGCCAAUGAAUGUUCGGCAGUAACUGAAACUAGCAAUGUGGAAGAAUCUCACCCUGUUGAUGACAUAGCUGUUGCCAUGUCAUUUGAACAGCAUCCAAGUACUGGUGAGGAAGAAAUUCAAGACAGCACAAAAGAUAUGCCUGAAAAGGUGGCAGAAUCUGUUGGUGCUGCAGCACCUGCCGCCAAAGGGAAGAAAUCAAAGGGAAAGCAGUCUCAAGCUUCUGGAUUAUCAUCCCCUUCCUUGAGUCCUUUUAACUCCACUGAUCCUUCAUAUGAACCAGCAAGCAGUACAGGCGCUCCUUCUGCUGGUGCUGUGUUUCCUCAAAUUCUGGCCAUGCAGGAUAUGCUGAACCAGCUUAUGACCAUGCAAAAGGAAAUGCAGAAGCAGAUGAGUGUGAUAGUGGCUGUUCCUGUCACCAAAGAAGGCAAAAGAGUGGAGGCAGCUGUGGGGCGGAGCAUGGAGAAAGCUAUCAAGGCUAAUACUGAUGCUUUGUGGGCACGUUUCCAGGAGGAAAAUGCAAAAAGUGAGAAGCUAGAGAGAGAACGAAUGCAGCAGAUAACAAGUUUGAUCACAAACUGUAUGAACAAGGAUUGGCCUGCCAUGUUGGAAAGGGCAUUAAAGAAGGAAAUCCCUGCAGUCGGGCAAGUCAUAGCUCGUGCAAUUACACCAGUUAUUGAGAAGACAAUUUCUUCAGCAAUAACUGACUCAUUUCAGAGAGGGGUUGCAGACAAAGCAGUAAAUCAGUUGGAGAAGUCCGUCAAUUCAAAACUUGAAGCUACAGUGGCUAGGCAGAUCCAAGCACAAUUCCAAACUUCUGGGAAGCAAGCUCUUCAGGAUUCAUUAAAAUCUUCUCUAGAAUCCUCAGUGAUUCCUGCAUUUGAGCAGUCUUGCAAAGCAAUGUUUGAACAAGUAGAUGCUGCAUUCAGGAAAGGAAUGACUGAACAUACUACUGCAGCACAGCAACAACUUGAGGCAUCACAUACUCCACUUGCUCACACUUUGAGGGAUGCAAUCAAUUCUGCAUCAACAAUUACCCAAAACCUUACCACUGAAUUGAUUGAUGGCCAGCGGAAGCUUUUAGCUCUCCUUGCAGCAGGAAACACGAAUUCAUUGAAUCCCAUUGGUAUGCAGCCAAACAAUGGCCCACUGGCAGGUCUUCCUGAGAUGGUUGAGGCACCUCUGGAUCCAACAAAAGAACUAACAAGAUUAAUAUCUGAACGGAAAUACGAGGAAGCAUUCACUAUGGCUCUUCAAAGAAGUGACGUGUCCAUUGUCUCUUGGUUAUGUUCGCAGGUUGAUUUGCAUGCAAUUUGUUCCACGGUACCACUUCCUCUAAAUCAAGGAGUACUGCUAGCUCUUCUGCAGCAGCUAGCAUGCGAUAUCAGCAAUGAGACAUCCCGCAAAGUGGGAUGGAUGACAGAUGUAGCUGUAACUAUCAAUCCAACAGACCCUAUGAUCACAGUGCAUGUACGGCCGAUAUUUGAGCAGGUCUAUAACAUAUUGGCCCACCAAAGAUCGCUUCCUACAACCACAGCAUCUGAAGCUACCAACAUCCGACUAAUAAUGCAUGUUAUAAAUUCAGUAUUAAUGAGCUGUAAAUGAUCUCUGUCCCUUGCCCCUUUUUAAUUUGUUGUUGUGCAGAAUCCUAGGGACUUGGUUUGUGGUUGAAUCUUGUACAGAGAAAACGGGGAAGGAAAAGGAACAAAAAAAGGGGAAAAAAAACAAGAGAGGAGGAAUUAGAAAUCAAGCUAAGGGAUUGUAUGCUGUAAAUUAUAGUCGUUUGAACCGGUCUUGCAUCAUUUUGUCGUGGUCAUUUCAUCAUCUUUGUUUCGAAUAUGAACAAAUCAAUUCUAGAAGUAAUUUGGAUUGGUCUUUUUGUCAA